AUGCCGACGGGAGCGGCGUUUGCGGAAGAGAUGGCGAAUGGCGGAGCGGCAGAGCCGUCGGGUGAUCGCAUCGCGCAGCACGACGGUGAGCACGCGGUGUGCAAAGUGGUGCGAGGGGUAGAAGGGUCGGUGCAAGCAGAUCGGGAGCAGCGCGACGCUGGAUGUGGCAUCUUCUCUGAUCCCCGCCUUGCACGUUCCCCGCUCUCUCCCGCAUGGGCGUUGCGCUCCCGCGCAUGGGCGUUGCUCUCCCCCGCAUGGGCGUUGCGCUCCCGCGCAUGGGCGUUGCUCUCUCCCGGAUGGGCGUUGCGCUCCCGCGCAUGGGCGUUGCUCUCCCCCGCAUGGGCGCUGCGCUCCCGCGCAUGGGCGUUGCGCUCCCCCGCAUGGGCGUUGCACUCCCCGGGCGUUGCGCUCCCCCUCGCAUCUCAUGCGUGGGCGUCUCCGUUUCGCCUCGCGCUUCUGCCGCUCCUUCUCCGCGUGCUGACGCAUUGUGUGCUGCGCCCGUGUGUGCCGCGCCCGUGUGUGUUGCGCCGGCCCGUGUGUGCUGCAGGUGCGGAGGUGGCGCGGCUGGCGGGGGAAGUGGCGGCGCUGAAGAAGGAGAUGGCUGUCAAAGUGAAGCACUACGAGAACAAGCUGCUCACCCACUCUGUCAUCAACGGCGCGCUUCAGGCGGAGAACGAGCGCCUGAAGGAGGAUCUGCAGCGCGCGCUGGAGGGCGCGCAGGGGGGCGGGGGAGGGGGCGGGGGGGGCGCGGGUGGGCGCACUUUGGAGGAGGCGGAGCAGGAGCUGCGCGAGCUGCAUGAGGAAUUCACCCGCCGCCUCAACGCCGCUGAGAAGGGCGUGCAUGCGUUCAGGGAGGAGUGUUUUGGGUUGAGGCGGCUGGUGGAGGAGCAGAGGCAGGCAGCAGCGAGGAUGGAGGGGGAGAUGGCGGAGAGGGACGCUCAGCUGCACCAGAGCGAGCGGGAGAGUGAGGCGCUGCGGCAGGCGGUGGAGGAGAGGGAGGCGGUGCUGGCGAGGCAGCGCCAGGACCUGACACGCGUGGAGGCGGACAGAGACAGGCUGCUCGCCACAAAGCAGGCGCUGGAGGCGGCAGCCCAGAGCGCAGACGCCACCAGGUCGUCGCUACUGGAGGAGGCCAACGAGGCGCUGGCAGCCACCAGGCAGGCGCUGCAGCACCACAAGGACCAGCUGCUGCGGGUGGUGGCGGAGGGAGCGCAGGAGAGGGCAGCAGCGGUGGAGGCGGUGAGGGAGGAGAUGCGGCAGCAGCGGGCGGCGCUGGAGGCACAGGCGGCGGACAAGGAGAGCCACCUCACAGCUGCUCUCGCUGCCCUCGCCCAGAGGGCAACGGAGGCAGAGAGGGAGGCAGUGCAGCGAGAAGAGAAGCUGAUGCAAGAGAUAGCGGCUCUCAAGAAUCGGUGCCAGCUGGCGGAGACAGCUCAUGGUGACGUCAGCACGCACAUCACGGCAGCAACUCAACCUCUUUUGAGGCAGGUGGAGGGCAUGGCGGCGCAGGUGAGGCGGAUGGAGCAGGAGGAGGAGCAGCGCGAGCGCGUGCACCAGGAGCAGCAGCAGCAGUGGGAGCAGCGGUGGCGCCACGCAGAGGAGGGGCGCAGGAGGGCGGAGGAGAGGGCGCAGCAGGCGGAGAGGGGGGCAGGUGAGGCAGCGAGGGGACGGGAGGAGGCAGAGAGGCAGGCGCAGGCUGCAGUGAAGCGACUGCAGGAGUUGCAGCAGCAGCAAGAGGAACUGCGGGAGGCGGCGCAGGCGGCGGGGGAGAGGGAGGGCAUCGCGGAGCAUGCGAGGGCGGAGGCAGCAGCAGCGCUGCAGGCGGCACGUGAGGCGAGAGACAACGCUCUCAGACGCAUUCAGGACAUGGAGCGGGCGGGCUGGGGGCGAGGGGCAGAGGGCGAUGACACGGCUGGGGAAGGGGGGCGAGACGGCAAGGGCAGUGGCGGGAGCGAGGGGCAGCAGCAGCAGCAAGAAGGGGCUGAGAUGCCGGUCGUGCCCCUCCCAGCAGCAGCAGCAGCGCCCCACAACACAGCCGUGGCAGCAUCGCCUGCCCCCUCGUCCCCAACCCCGCUGCCACCCCUCUCAGCCCUCUCCCUCUCGCACUCCCCUCGCCCGCCCAGCCCCCGGGGCAGCAGUGCAGGCAGCAGCGGGCGGGCGGCAGGAGGGGAUGAGGGGCUGGCGGGCAACAGCAGGCCAGGCGGUGGGGGGGGGAGUGCUAGGGGUGGGACGGGGGGGGGCAGUGCGGUAGGCGUGGGAGGGGCGAAGGCGGGGGAGGGGUUGGGAGGCAGUGCGGUGCGGCUGGGCGACCUGGACGUGGGGGGGUGGGGCAUGGCAGCGGGCGGGGUGGGCUUGGAGCGACUGCGCGCCAAAGUCAGGUGGGCCUGCUGUGUGCUGGGCUUCCCUCCCUCUCCCUCUUCACUGCCGCCUCUCAUGCCCUCUCUGCCUCCUGCCUUGCAGCAGGAGGGGGAGGUGCGGCAGCUGCAGCGGGAGGUGCAGGAGGCGCGCGCAGCCAGGGACGCCACGGCGGACGAGCUGCUGCGCGUGUCCCAGCGUCUCCUGGCGCUUGAGAAGGAGCGAGUGGCGGUGCCGGCACUGGAAGCGGAGCUGGCGGGGUUGAGGGCGCGGCACGAGGUGGCGCUGGUGAUGGUGGGCGAGCGCAACGAGCGCGUGGAGGAGCUCGAGGCCGACCUCGCAGAUGUCAGGGCGCUCUACAAGGAGCAGGUCGCUCUGCUGGCGGGGCAGGUGGACCCAGCCAAGUGGCCACAGGGCUACCGCAUCUGCCUCUUCUGCCCGCACUGCGCCAAGACCCAGCGCUCUCACCCCAAAUAG